CCAUACUAAUCUCCCUUCUGGCCAUUAUCCAUGCAAGCAAGAGAAAUGCUACACCUUCCCACUCACUUCCUCCCUCACCUCCAUUUACCCUAUCAAGUCUGCUCUACCAUUUCAUCAUGGUUUCCCCUCAGCCCCAAUCUCCUGCCUUGUCCCCAUAUCCCUUCAUCUCCUGACUAUCAACGUGUGCAUUAAAUAUACUCAAUAACUUGGCCUCCACAAGCAACUGUGGCAACGAAUUCCCACAGUCAUGGUCAAAGCAGUUGCCAUAUCAAGCUGUAAUGCAUGGAUUGGAUGCUUUCCAUGGGGUAUCAAUAAAAAUUUGCACUAGUUGACAGGGACGUGCCGUGCAUCUUUAGCCUCCUGAGGAAGUAGAAGUGCUGAUGAGCUUUCCUGGGUGUGCUGUAUAUUGGACAGUUUAUAGAAAUGGUGAAGUGUGCACUAUCAUUUAUCCCAAAUUUUCUUUUAAAUCCUAUUUGUAGUUAAUUCCCUUCUUAUUAAUGCUCUUUGCAUUCCUCUGAAUCUCCCUUUAAAGCUGGUCUUUUCUGUAACUCAGUCCCUGCUUCUGGGCAUGGACUUGCAGUUCCACUCUGCUGACACCAACCUUUUCAAUGUUUCUCAACUUUCACGGCCACACAAGAACGGAGUUAGAUGUUGUGAGGAUCAUGCACAACAGUUUGAUCAUGUUGUCUAUUGAUGAGACUGGCUAGUAGGAAUCUGCUCAAAUGUAAAAUGAAUACCUCAAUUGUGGCCAAGCCUGUGUCAGCAUAAGUAUGAUAAUCCAAAAUAUGCUGUGGAUCUGUUUGAGGAAGAGGUGCCAAAUAUCACUCAAGAUCAAAGGGCAUGUGUCGUAAUGUCAAGCUAAUUAUCCUGACUCGGAUCAGCAUAACAGGAUUUCAUCCCACUCCGUGUUACUUGCUGGCUAGCCCAGAAUUUGAUGAGGUGCUGGAGAGAACCUGGAAAACACAAUGGCAGCCUUUAAACAUGCUGUGCAGCUGAGGACAGACAUGCUGGAGAUCGACUGUCACAUGACCAAAGAUGGACAAGUAGUAGUGUCACAUGACAACAACCUGAAGCGAAUCACAGGACUGAAUGUGAAUAUUGACAGCCUCACUUUUUCAGAUCUUCCACAGUACAACUGUAGACUGAAUGUGUCCUUCAAGAAAGAUUGCUUCUGUGAUGGAGGAGACGACAAACGUAUUCCGCUAUUGAAGGAAGUGUUUGAUGCCUUUCCCACCACGCCCAUCAACAUCGACAUUAAAGUUAACAAUGACCUCCUCAUUCAGAAGGUAUCUGAUUUGAUCAGUGAGUAUAAUCGUCAGGACCUCACUGUCUGGGGCAAUGGCAGUGAAACUAUUGUGAAGAAAUGUUACAAAACGAAUCCAAACAUCCCGAUCCUGUUCAGCCUGCAGAGAGUGCUCCUGCUGCUGGGACUCUUCUACACAGGGCUCCUGCCCUUCUUCCCCUUGAGAGAACAGUUUCUGGAGAUCCCCAUGCCCUCUAUCAUUCUCAAGCUGCAGGAACCAUGCAAGAUCCCCUGGAACCGGCGGCUGCUGAUCUGGCUCGCUGACGCGUUACUGAUGAGGAAAUGUCUCUUUGAGCAUCUCAAAGCAAGAGGAAUUCAGGUCUACAUCUGGGUUCUGAAUGAUGAGGAUGACUUCAAGCGAGCCUUUGACUUGGGAGCAACAGGCGUCAUGACUGACUACCCAACGCAGCUGAAGAAGUUUCUAGAAAGUUACACCUUCAAAGAGGAGUAGAAGGAGAGAUUUGGGGGGGGGGGCGGGUUCUGUGGCUGGGUAGGGACAAGUGAAAGGAUUUCAUCAGCUAGUAGCCAGAACUCUCCCCGAGCCAAUGUAAAUCUUUGCUGCAGCAACAGAUUGGCUUGGUUCACUGUAUCUUGUUCUCUUCCGACCCACUUUAGGUUGUACCAGCAGUCAGGGUUCCCUGCAAAAGUUAAGGAGAGGAAUGAUGAUGGAAUGACAGAGCAGACUCGAUGGGCCAAAAGGCCUGAUUGUGCUCAGAUAUCUUAUGCUCUUAAAGAUUCGUUUGAAACAUGUCUUUACAAAUAUUCAAACUGCUUUCAGUUAUUUCAAACCAAGUGUUGGUUGGGAAGCAUCCUGUGUUAACAUCUGUGUCAGUUUAUAUUUGAAAGAAAAAUAAUUUGUCUUGAACACUUAUGAAGCAGCUGCUUCCUAUGGCAGAAGGCCACUUGGCCCAUCUUUCUUGCACUGGCACUUUAAAAGCUCACCUCAAAUGCAUCACUUCACUCCUGCACUGUCUCCUUUCCUUUCUGCUUAUUUAUUUGAUUCCUUUCAAAAGAUGCUCCCACCACCUUGGGCACUGUUCCAGAUUUCAGCAAUGAAAAUAGUGACAAUUCUGUAUUGAAACUUCAGGGAAUUGGACCAGCAAGAAGUAAAACUACAGUGUACUUACACAUGCUCUGCAGGCUGGGGCACAGUGGGGGGUGGGGUGGCAAGGUCACAGAGAGGAAUCCUCUUCUGAAGCCCAUCAAGCCUGUUCUGCAAUGUAUUGAUGAUUUGCUCUGUAAGGAAGACCGAGUCCUGUCUUCCUUUCAUUGUCUUUGUCUGAUGGUAGAGCUGAGUUCUGGGGAUGUCGCUCAGCCCUGGUCUGGGCUGCUCAGGAGCUCUAGACUCCCUCCGCUUGAAGAAAUAUCUCCAACCCCCUCUCAAGAUUCACGUUCAGCUGCCCCCUCCCUCAGUGCUGGUCCCAACAAGGCUUGCAUUCCCUUCUGUCCACCCUAUUGAUACCUUCCAAUAUUUUUCCCCAGAAAAUCUUUAUUCAUGCUACAAAAUAAUAUACAAAAGGAAGGAAACAGUGCAAAAUAAAGCUUUUACCUUAUGUACAUUACAUAAUGUAAACUUUGAAAAGAAAAACACAAGCAUUGCAGCUUUCCCACAUUGCCCCCUGAGAUGAUACCCCUUCCAUUAUACAGAAAAUCUCCAGAACAGCUCAGUCCAAUCUCCCCUGAGCUUUGGUUCUGGAUGGGGAUUCUGAUUUUCCCCUCUGAGAUGGACGAACUUUAUCCAGAUUAGAUGGGAACUAAACCUGGAACAGUGUGCUCACUGAGCUGGGGUUGGGACUGAGGGCUAGUGGAACAGAUGCUGCAUGUAUCAAUGCCUCUACCUGAUCGUGCCAGCCAACCCCGUAUGUCUCUGCAGAAUGGCUGGGAUUCAUGGUCACCAGUGGUGGCUUUGUACCUGAGCUGGUCUCCCACUAAUGUAUUCCCCUCUCACUCCUCGCCUUGGAAGUUGUAGAUCAGUGGGUUUGAUGCCAGCCUUUAACCAGUAACUGAGAAAUGGGCAAGCUGAGACCUCACCUACUUGGCCCUGAUGAAUGUGGUAUAAAUCCACACCUGGAUGAAGAUAACUGGACAAAGAACCAAUUCCUCGUCCUCGUGAAUGGAGUUUGUCACGACUGUUUAUAUUUUUUUGUGUUUGCUGUCAACCUUUUCUAUGAGUUAACAUUAGUCUGCUUCCCACAGUGUUGUCUCUCAGUCUACCUGAUUCAUGGAGAAAACAGGGUUUUUGUUCCACAAUAAUAAAUGUAUCUUGUGUUUUGUCUUAAUACAGAGGAUGAAUAAAUUUUUGCCCACUAACUGGCUGGGGCUCAAGCCCACUGCAGUUAAUUGACCUCACUUUAACAAAUGAGCAGAAAAUUAAAGCAUUGUGUUGUAGAUACUGGUAAACACUGCCCUACUAAAUUGUGUGUGAUUAAAAUGUGAUUUGUCAGCAUUUAAAUGUUAUUUUUUAAAGAAAAAGACUUCG